UGUAGGUAUUACACUAUGACAUAUGUGAACAUAUUUAUUCGCGUUGUACUACGCUGUUAUAUAAUAUGAUAGCGACUGGGUAGUAUAAGUCGAAGAAGAGGAGCAUCAACACUUCCAUUCGCGAUUGUACGCUGAUUUGUAAUGAGGAACUUCAGUUUUACAAAGGAGAACGAUACGGGUGAAAAUGACGUUGUGGACGAUUCUCCGAUGUGUUGUUCCCAUACCGAAAAUCGUCAUUGCGAGAUCAUGGAUUUGCGACGAUCGUUGAGAGAUAAGAUUAGUAAACAUGAAAUAUUCUAUAGCUUCGAAGUUGUUUCUAGGAGAGAAUCCGAUACAUUUUAUCAAAGGCUUCUUGCGGAAAUGGAUAAGUACUCACCUCUCUUUUACGCAUUAACGUGGCACAACGAUGAAGUUUCCAAUGAUAAAACUUAUCGGCCUUUGGAGAUAUUAAAAAAUUUUCCAAGUAAUACGCUUUUGCAUCUAGCAGCUAAUGCUUUGAGACGCGACGAAAUCGUCGAUAUUCUAAAGACAGCUCUUUCGCAUGGAAUAAUCAACAUAUUUGCGCUACAAGGAGAUUCCUCAUCCGAGAACGGUGACUUUAUGCAUUCGAGUGACUUGGUUACUUUUAUCAGAGAGCAAUUCGGCGACACGUUCUGCGUGUGUGUUGCGGGCUAUCCACAGAUGCAUCCAGAAUCAGCCUCCAAGCAGCUCGAUCUGCAUUACUUGAAAGCGAAAGUAGAUGCAGGCGCGGAUUUCAUCAUAACGCAAAUAAUUCUUGAACCUCAAGUUUUUAUAGAUUUUGUAAAAGAUUGCCGAAAGAUCGGCAUUCAGAUUCCAAUUAUUCCUGGAAUCUUUGUACCGACGGAUUACGAGAGUUUAGAAAUAAUGACGCGCGUCUGUAAGCUCGAUGUUCCGGGAAAAAUUAAGGAUAAUCUAGCACGAAUGAGAAACGAGAAAAAAUUGAUGAAAAAAUUCAUACUUGAAUCGAUAAUACAAAUAAUUACAGACGUGAUUGCAAGUGGAACAACUUAUGGUUUUCAUUUGUUUACAUUAAACAGAUUGUCGUUAUUGGCGGGAAUAUGCGAGCACAUAAACUCUUACAAACGAGCAAUCUAAUUGUUUUAUAUUAGAUUCGUUUAAAAAAUGGUGUCAACGGAUCCGCCGUCGAAAGGCUUGUUGACGCUUUAUUUAUAGCUUUAUUCACGAAUUGCAUAUAAAGCAAGCAAAAUAGAGUGAAUGAGUGUUCGCUCGAAUGAGUGUUGUAUACAAACUAAAAUAAAGUCUUUAACAACGCA